CAUUACCACAUACACAUUCGUUGAUACACUAACAGUGCCUCCACGUCAAUACGGGCCUGCGCACACAGCCUAAGGUCUAUUGUGUGUGAACCCCUCGACUUGUAUCUGCUUCUACUUCGCUGUGGCUGACGGAUCAAGGAGUUACGUCUUCAGGUUAACGAUGAAGAAGCUGGACAGAGCCUAGUCGACUUACCCACAAUGCACAGCAACUGGAAACACAGUGGGACCACCAGAAGCAUUCUUCGCCGUAAACAGUCAAAACGUGCUGACAUAGCACUCUUGGACAUUAGCGGUCAAGGUAGGACUGUGUCCUUGGAAUCGUGCCGCAUCAGUCAGUUGUCUGUUGGCAUCACCGGUGAAGACUUCAAGGCGGAGGUCCUGCAGAAGAGACAGUCCAACUUCAUCACAAAGCUCGAUGCAGCGGCUGCCGUUUUGAUUGAGCGACUCAUCAAGAAGAAGGGGAAGGAUGAGGCCUUGUUACAAGUUGUCUCCAAACGAGAUGACGAGAAAGAGGUGCUGAGAUUGGUGAGCAGUUUGCUUCAGCGAGGGGCAACUUUGUCAGCCAAAGACAGCACUGGACAGACUGCCCUCCACGUUGCAGUCAGAAAACAGUUCAAGAGUGUGUGUAGAAAAUUGACAGAGGGAGACUGUUUGAGUUAUGACAGAGACAACAACGGCAAGAUGCCCUACCACCUCGCUAUUGACCACAGCAACGACUACAUCGCCGCUCUGCUACUCAACCACAUGCCAAACGCCCUUGUCCGAGAUCUUUACAUCGCCUCGACAGCGGAAGACAAAGCAGAAUGCAACUUCAUGACACCCCUGCAGAAGAACAUGCCGCAAACAGCUAUAGGAGUUUUGGAUUCCAUGCUGGACCCUGUCGAUGACUUUGGGAACAUGGAAGUAUUCUUUGAUCUUCUCGAGUCCGAUGAACAGGGCAGAAGUCCUCUACACCCGUCCUUUAAUACAAAGAGUAAAACCUAUCUUUACCACAUCGCGCAUCUCCAGCCAAAGGAGGUGGCGUUUCACAGUGUAGUUCGCCUCCUGACCAGGAAGAAGUGGAAGCGCUAUGGCAGAUACUGGUUCCUGAUGAAAUGCAUGUUGUUUAUUGCUACCCUGUUUGCAAUAACAUUUUCUGCGAUCACUGGCGCCAUGGCUUCUGACCCCCGGCAUUACAGCACCCCCCUGGACAAAGCCCGUGCCUUCUUUGAAGUCUUGAGCUGCUUGGCUGUUGUCGCCACUCUGGCUUUUGAGGCAUACCAGAUGUUAAAAUACAGAUGCGACUACUGGAAAGACAGGACCAACUAUUUUGACCUCUUGGCAUCCAUCCUGCUGCUGCUCGUCAUCCCUCUCAGGUUCGCCCAUCAACAGGAGCAGUGGCACGUCUUCUCUGUUGGCUAUCUCCUGUGGACGCUCAGAAUAUUCGAAUACGCAGUCGUCUUCAGACACAGUGGAGCCCACGCUCAGAUUCUGUGGCGCAUCAUCACGAGUGACUUCUUGCAGUUCUUACUCGUGUUUGUCAUCAUCCUCCUUGCCUUUAGCGGAUCACUCAUCAUGGCGCUCAGGGGAGAUAACUCUCUCCACGUGCAUACUGAAACAAGUACUUUCUGGGACAUUCUGUUCACGGGUUUACGGAUACUUGUGAAGAAAUCGCCCGUGGUGACCUGCACAGGAUCAAGUGGAUAUGGGACUUUCAGCUGCAUCCUGAUGUUCAUCUUCCUCUUCACCUGCAUCGUCGUUCUCCUACACAUCCUUAUCGCCCAGCUCAGUCACACCUACCAGAAGGUGCAGCAAGAUGCGCAACGUGCUGUGGAGCUAAACAGGGCGUGGAUCAUAACCAGGGGUGACUUCGAGCUGAAUGGGUUUCCCUUUAUAAAAAGGUUUUUCAGCACUGCUGAGAAGCAGGGAGAGGAUAAUGUUAUCAAUGUAGAGGAGGUCCUGGAGGCUUGGGAAUGUCCCACCUCCAGCGAACAAACAACAGAUAUCAGACACAUCAGGGAAGACCUUGACACAUGCAAACUCCACCACAACACCGUGAACACCAAGCUGGCCCAGCUAGAGCACAUCCUCAGAACUAUUCAGGAUCACCUACACUGUAAUGAUGCCCCAACUCUUCCAGUAAACCCAGUCAUGAAUGCAAUCUCCGAAGAUGAAGAGUUGGCUUCCGUGGAAAAGAGGAAGGGGCCGCAGGUGGAGCCACUGGGAGAUCCUGCUGGCCUAGAUGACGACUCAGUUGAUGUCACGUGUGCGUGAUUGCCAUGACAACGAUGGACCAAUAUCAAACGAUUACAAUAAGUGAUGUAUUAUUGGAGUUAUUAUUGUACCUAUCAGAGUCGGAUCCAGAAUUUUUUAAUUUUUUUUACACAGAAGUCUACCCCAAAAAUCCCAGACACCAUCAACCCCCUACCCCGACCCGCCACUGACAUAUAUAUGUGUUGUCUACAUAUAGAAAUCAACGUGUAAAAAACAUGUCGAAAUUGUAAAGUGUUUGAAACAGAUAUGUCCUUUGUUAUUUUGUUACUUCUUCUGCGGCUGUCUCACAGAGUACGUAUUCAUUGUUAUUUUUUUAUACACUAAUGAAGUAGUGCCAUGAAUGUUGGAAUUAUUGUGUGACAUCAUAAACAUCCAUUAAUUUUAUAUCAUCCAUAUUUUCAUAUAAGAUGGGCUGAUACAAAAGGUUCCCUUGAUCUAAACCAUAUGUGGUUACUGGCCAGUAUGUUGCGAUUACCUUCGACCUCUUGAACUCCCAUAUUGAUUGCAUCAAUAUUUAUUUUUACCUGCUGCAUCCAAUUUUCUUAUUUAUUGCUUCAGUAAAAUAUACCCUUGCAGUAUACGAUGUGAGAUAAUGUCUGGAUUCCUUUCCUCAAAGUAGACUUUAGAUGUCUCCACAAAUAAAUAUUGAAACC